AUGAGCAACGUUAGCGAGCAAGUAUCGAAAACUAUGGAAUCGGCUAAGGAGGCCGCUGCCAAAGUUGGUGAACAGGUGUCGGAUUUCUUUCAAGGGAAUCCGUUUUCGACACCAGUUGGACGGAAAAUAGAAUUGGCCACUAAUGCGACGAUCCUAGCAACCGAGAAUUGGGGCUUAAAUAUGGAGAUCUGCGACUUUGUGAACAGCACUGAGGACGGUGCUAAGGAUGCAGUGCGUGCAAUUCGUAGACGCUUACACACGAAUAUGUGUAAGAACAACGCAAUUGUUAUGUAUACGUUAACCGUACUGGAGACUUGUGUGAAGAAUUGUGGUCAUAAUUUUCACGUGUUGGUCUGUUCAAAGGAUUUCGCCCAGGAUCUGGUGAAAUUGAUCGGUUCAAAAUUCGACACACCACAAAUCAUCCACGAACGUAUACUGUCACUUAUUCAGGUAUGUGAUAAUAAUUAA